GAUAUUGACAAGCUGUAAAUGUAUUUUCUGCUCGAUAACAGGACCUGCUCUACUUCCAUUUUAGAUUCGUGGAAACUAAACGAAAUUUCUUAUAUUUCUUCAACGUGAAAGAUUAAUUACCGAUAUUUGUCCACACGAAGGAAGCAAAUUAAUACACUCUGAUAAGUUCUUUAGGCACAAUAGAGGAGAAAAACGUAAUCAAAUAAAAAAAAUGAAAAGGCUGUUAAUUGUUUGCGCUGUUCUUAUUGGAGGAUUCUUUCUUUUUAACAUGGAAUUGUUAUAUAUGAUUUUGAUGGCAGUGUUUAUCAAUAUCAUCGGAAAAGUCACUUGGGAAUAUCUAAAACCAAAGAUCACAGAAUUUGAACUUGUUCCCUGUUUAAUGAAGACAGAUAUUCUACUGUUUCUAGAUAUUGCAUUUGAAACCAAAUUUCCAUUAACAUCCCUUACAAUCGAAGAACUUGUAAAUCAAGAACGAUUGGAGUUCAGAAUAAAUAAUCCAACAUACGACAAAGAAAACAAAAGACUCAAAAUAUGUUACCCAAUGACAUGUUGUGUUGGCCCCUCGUCCUACAUGGUAACGGUAGAAAAUACCUUCAGAAAGGAUUCGAGUAAAAGAGUACAGAUUUAUUUAUUCUUCAAGUGUUUUGAGGAUAGGCGCAUCAUGAUUGACAGAAGCACUCAAACUAUGUUUACUUCAGUCAUGAAAGACGACCUGUACAAAAAGUCAAGUCAAUCCAUACGUGAAAUUUCAGAAUCAGUGGAUGAGUUUACCUUUUUGAAUCUUGAUCCAGAGCCAUGUUCUCGUUUAGGAUGCUCGGGUUCUGGAUUUAACAAUUGCAACCGUUGUUCUGCUCCAUACUGCUCUUCAAGAUGUAAAAGUAAAGAUUACAGAAGAAACCACAAGAAACAAUGUCCUAACAUAAAAUUGGAGGAGCGGCAACGACUAGAACAAGAGCAACAAUACGAGUUCUGUAUAAAAAGCCAGCGUGAGGAAAUUGAGCGGCUCAAGGACCAUGUCCUGUGUAAAAUCUGUCUGGAGGAAGAGGCACGUGUUGUAUUUGACCCGUGCGGUCAUCUCUGUGGUUGUGUCGACUGCUCUGUGCAGCUAAGGGCGUGUCCUAUGUGUAGAAAAGAUGUGCAAAAAAUCAUCAAAGUAUUUACUUAAAAAGUUACAUUAUUAUGAAUUGAUUUGCUGUUUAAAAUAUGAUAAUAUAAUAGCCAGAAAGAUUACUAAACGUUCUCCAUGAAGAAUAGAAAUGUAUAUACUACAUGUAAAUAAACGUCCUGUAAUUAAAAAUAUUGUAUUAUCUGGGUUAACAAACUAAAUAAUACAGUUUCCCAAUGAUAACAGAUUCAGGUCUAAGGUUUAAUAUAGGUUCACCCCCAAUUCACCCCCCCCCCUU